UCUUAUUGGAGCGUGAUUUUGCCUUAUGGUUCCCGGGCGCGCUUUACGGCAUUUUACGGCUUUCCAUUCACUUCGCUGUGAAGAUGGCGUCGGGCAGCGGGACAAAAAACUUGGACUUUCGCCGAAAGUGGGACAAAGAUGAAUAUGAGAAGCUUGCGGAGAAGAGACUCACAGAAGAGAGAGAAAAGAAGGAUGGAAAACCAGUGCAGCCCGUCAAGCGGGAGCUUCUUCGGCACAGGGAUUACAAGGUGGACUUGGAGUCCAAGCUUGGGAAGACGAUCGUCAUUACCAAGACCACCCCACAGUCUGAAAUGGGAGGCUACUACUGCAAUGUCUGUGACUGCGUGGUGAAAGACUCCAUCAACUUCCUCGAUCACAUUAAUGGAAAGAAACAUCAGCGAAACUUGGGUAUGUCUAUGCGUGUGGAACGCUCCACUCUGGAUCAGGUAAAGAAACGUUUUGAGGUCAACAAGAAGAAGAUGGAAGAGAAACAGAAGGACUAUGAUUUUGAGGAAAGGAUGAAGGAACUCAGAGAAGAGGAUGAAAAGGCUAAAGCAUACAAGAAAGAGAAGCAGAAGGAGAAGAAAAGGAGGGCUGAGGAGGACUUGACGUUUGAGGAGGAUGAUGAGAUGGCAGCUGUGAUGGGCUUCUCUGGCUUUGGCUCCGCCAAGAAGAGUUACUGAGGCGUUCUCUUUGGCCUAACUUUGGCCUGUGCUGGACCUAACUUUGAGUGUGUGUUGAGGUGGGGUGGGGUGUCAUUUCUUUUUGGGUACUGGAGAAAGUCCUUAGGAGUGUUAAUGGGCAGGGCUAUAGGGUGGGUGUUUGUGGUUUCCCUCUGCAUCGGGAGAGGGCACAGGAUGUAGAGGGGAAGCUGUGGCAGAUUCUGUCAGCCUUGGUAUAUUAUUGGAGUCACAGAUCCUCUGCCCAUCGUUCCCAAUAAAGAAAGACCUCCCUCUGAGGCUGCUUUCCCCCAGUUCCCCUGCAUCUUUCCCUCUUCAUCUAUCCUCCUUUUCCCUGUGUUCUGAUUUUGUUCUAAUCUUUACUCUUGUUCAGCCUGCGACAUAAGGGUUAUCUGGGUCUCCAGUACACAGGUGCUGGCGUAUGCUUGCCCAGCUCUUCCUCCCGUCCCACCCAGCGGUUCUCUAGCCACGUCUGCAUGCAUGUGACUUCUGCCUGGGUCAAAGUGUGUGUGGGUAUGUGUGCAUGAUUUGUCACAAAGAGGGGCCUGAGCUAGAAUCUCAGGGCAUUGCCGCCCUGGGGCCUAAUGUUUUUGGUUUUCUCGGUGCAUGUAACAGGAAAUUAAAUGGGAUGAGUGUUUGGUGUGGCUUGUGUCUGGUGAGUUUUUAACCUUGUUUCUUCUGUUUCACUUCACUGAGGAUUUCUGUUUUUGUCUUCCUCGGGAACAGGUUCUUGGAAGAACCUAAUUGAUGCAAAAAAGAAUGAAACCAACAAGACAAGAACCCUUAAACCAAACAAACAAACAAACAAACAAACUCUGGGAGACCCUGUUUCUCAGACACUGUUCAACAUUACAAUAAAUGGCACUGACUGGGCCUGUU